GGCAAAUUUUAUAUGUAUUGAAUUUGGUUUAAGAAUUAGGGUUAGCCAAGAUAACAAUUAGUUUGAAAUGGUAUUUUAAAUAAUCGCAAUCAUUGCAACACACAAUUCACGGUCCUCUGUCACGUGACUAAUUGUUUAGCUUGACGCCAUAUUCUGUCGUUUGCUAUUUCCUGGAUUGUACCAACGCCGCCACUUUUGACGAAUUGAACUCUUAAUUUAUCACACAGGUUUGGUUUGAGCACCAGCCAAAUGCAAUAGAAAAAUCAGAAAAGACAACCUGUUCUCAAAUUUAGAAUUGUAUUUUAUAUUCCUUGUCAUUCUAAAAGCUUUCAUAGAUUAUAAGUGGGUCAACCACUGACUGAUUUCCUGCAUUUCUGGCAUUUUCAACAUGCCGGUACGAAAAGAAGAUGCUCAUAGAGCUCUUGAGCUACUGGAGGAUUAUCACACAAGGUUAACUAAGCCUCAAGACAGACCCCUAAAGACUGCUAUUGAGAGAGUCAUCCGCAUUUUUAAAAGUCGUCUUUUUCAGGCUCUUUUAGAUAUCCAGGAGUUCUACGAGUCGACCCUGCUGGACGAGAACAAAACAUCCCAUGAAAAAACUCUGGAGACAUUACGUAUUGCCAGCAAGUGGGAGAGAGAGCAGCCCUUCACACACAGUCAGCCAAAAGCUGAGCCUCCUCCUCCACCACCACCUACGUCAUCACGACCACCGCCACCACCCGUGGCCCCACGGCCCGCGCGGCCCCAUUACGACUCGGACGAAGACAGCGUGAGCAGGGAGCCGGCCAUCAACUGGAACACCCACCCCGAGUUCGCUCCUGUAAUUUCCAGUACCCUUAAACGCCACAAUGCAGUAGACGAGGACCUGCCCCCGCCUCCACCAGAGUUAUCCCACCGCUCCGUCUCGUCCCCCCUGGUUGAGGAGAGACCAACUGCUCACGUCCAGUCUUCCAACCGCUCAUACGACAAACAACUGCCCCAUGCGCCUGACGGAUCUGAAGCUGCAGAUUCCGAAUAUGCCAACGGCAGCGGCGAGUGGGAAUAUGAAGAGAUUCCUCUCGAUAGGGGUAACUCCGGUCUGGGAUUCAGCAUUGCUGGAGGCAGCGACAACCCACACGUCGGAGACGACCCCAGCAUCUACAUCACCAAACUCAUUCCAGGUGGCGCAGCGGCUGACGACGGAAGACUCAGACUGAAUGAUGUCAUAGUGCGUGUUAACAACGUGGAUGUCAGCAACACAACACAUGCUGCUGCUGUUGAUGCUCUCAAACAGGCUGGCAGGAAAGUUGUUUUGUAUGUAAAACGUACUAAACAGCCAGCUGAGAACAUCAUGGAGAUAGAGCUAAUCAAAGGAAACAAAGGUCUUGGUUUUAGCAUUGCUGGGGGUAAAGGCAACCAACACAUUCCAGGAGACAAUGGUAUUUUUGUUACCAAAAUUAUUGAAGGUGGAGCAUCAGAGCUUGAUGGCAGACUGGCUGUUAUGGACAGACUUCUUGCUGUCAAUGACAUCAACUUGGAGGAUGUAACACAUGAAGAAGCCGUUCAAGCUCUCAAAAACACUCAGGAAGUUGUUCGCCUAACCAUUGCUAAACCAACUUUUGCGGCAGACAACCUCAGUGACUUACUAGAGCAUGGAACAUCUAGCAUCCCGCAUUCCGUUUCACACUCAAUGUCAACUUUCAGACCUCCAACACCACCUGCACCUAAAGCCAGCCUAACGGAGGAUGAGCCACCAAGGGAUCCACGGAGGAUUGUAUUAAAGAAGGGUUCGACAGGGUUAGGGUUUAAUAUAGUAGGAGGGGAAGAUGGCGAGGGAAUAUUUGUAUCCUUCAUUUUAGCAGGAGGGCCUGCAGACCUCUCUGGGGAAUUACGGCGUGGGGACCAGAUUAUUUCUGUAAAUGGUACAGAUUUAAAGCUGGCCACCCAUGAAGAGGCUGCACAGGCCCUCAAACGAGCUGGAGACACUGUGGAGAUCAUAGCACAAUAUAGACCAGAAGAUUACAAUAGGUUUGAAGCAAAAAUUCAAGACCUCAGAGAACAGAUGAUGAAUACAAGCACAGGUAGCUUGCGAACAACCCCCAAAAAAACACUGUUUGUAAGAGCUCUGUUUGAUUAUGAUCCAUCCAAAGAUUCUGGCCUACCUAGCAAAGGUUUGGCAUUCCAUUAUGGAGACAUUAUACAUGUAACAAAUGCAAGUGAUGAUGAAUGGUGGCAGGCCAAGAGAAUUCUCGCAGAUGGCGAUGAAGAGGGCAUGGGAAUUAUUCCUAGUAAACAAAGGGUUGAAAGAAAAGAACGAGCAAGAUUAAAAAAUGUAAAAUUCACUGGAAAAAAUAGUACCAACACAGAAAAGCAAACAUCCUCUGCAUCAGCUGCUGCCAAUGAUAGAAAGAAAAAGAACUUCUCUUUUUCACGUCGUUUCCCUUUCAUGAAGAGCAAAGAUCAAAGCGGGAGUGAAGAUGUCAGUGCAGAUGAACGCAAUCCACACAGUGAUAGUGAAGCAAGCUAUAGGGGAGAUGAACCUAUCUUGUCAUAUGAAACUGUAAUUCAGCAAGAAUUGAAGUAUACCCGACCAGUAAUUAUUCUAGGUCCUCAAAAAGACAGAAUUAAUGAUGAUCUUAUUUCUGAGUUUCCUGACAAAUUUGGCAGCUGUGUUCCACAUACAACAAGAGAAAGGCGACCUCAUGAAGAAGAUGGGAGAGAUUAUCACUUUGUAUCAUCUAGAGAACAGAUGGAGAAAGAUAUUCAGAACCAUUUAUUUAUUGAAGCUGGUGUAUACAAUGAUAACCUUUAUGGAACUAGUGUGGCUUCAGUCAAGGAAGUUGCAGAACAAGGAAAACAUUGCAUUUUAGAUGUUAGUGGCAAUGCAAUUAAGAGGCUUCAAGUUGCUGGCCUAUAUCCCAUUGCUAUUUUUAUUAAACCAAAGUCAGCAGAAUCAAUAAUGGAAAUGAAUAAAAGAAUAACAGAAGAACAGGCCAGAAAAACAUAUGAAAGGGCUUUAAAAUUGGAGGCAGAAUUUGGGGAGUAUUUCACUGCUGUGGUGCAAGGAGACACAGCUGAAGAAAUUUACUCUAAAAUCAAAGAGGUGAUAAGUGAUCAAUCAGGUCCUCACAUCUGGGUGCCAGCUAAAGACAAGCUCUGAGACCACCUGCCACCAUCACCUGCAUUAUUGAUACCAUUAUUUACCUGUUCAUAUCAGUUUUCUCUGUCAGCCUACACUAUCAGUGACACGUCAGUUCUUCUGUGAUUUUGUCGUCUCCAUGUGUCAGCGCGUCAUUGUUCUACAAUCAAGCUAGGAUGUGAUUAAGGCAUAAGCUAUUGCUCACCUAUGUGUAUCACAUUGACCAGGAAUGUAUGCUGUUGUUUGAGAUUGAAUGGAGCUGUAGCCAUCAUGUAACUGAUGCUAGAGCCAUGUUGGGUGAAAGUUGUAUUCUGGAUGCUCUUGCUUUAUCUAGUGUACAAGGAGAAAAGUGUUCAAUAUUAGAAGGUACUCUCAAAUCAUGUGUUGAUCUGUCACGAUUAUUUUGGCUUUGAACUUUGUUUUUCUAUAUGGGGUGUAAGUAUAUAUAUACUCUGAAACUGGAGUGUUUUAGUUAUUUUAUCUUGGGUUUGUUCUUUAAGAUCUGUUUGUUAAUGUCACAUUGUGUGCCAGCCAUUAUCCAUGACCUUGUUCUGUGAGAAAAUAUGCUUGAGCUUUCUUUUUCAAACAUGUAUUUAAAAACUUAAUCAUGCUUUUAAAAAAACAAAACAGACUUAAGGAUGGAGUGUAUACUUGUUUUAAUUUUUUAAAUUGGGUAAAAAUGUGUUUGCUUGACUGACUGCAGUGUAAAGUUAUUUGUGGAAUGUUUCCUUAAUUGAUUGUUAUCUGGGAUACUUACCAUAGUUUCCUUGCUUUGAUGAAUACAAGUGAACCAUUUUUUGGUAUAUGUGCUAAAACUGUCUUUGUGAGGAACUUUUAUUAUCGUUGUAUUUUUACUUAUUAAUUUGUUGUUUAAUUUAUCUUCUGACUAUGUCAAACUAAUUGGAGCCAAGAUACCAUACCACAUUUGUUCGUUUGGCCACUAAAUUUUGUUAGUUAUGGAGGAAAGUGCAUAAGGAUUUAAAUAUUGUUUCAAGAAAGCUUUGAUAAUAAAUUUUUAUAACACUGGUAAACUUGUGCAUUUAUUUGUCUAAACUUGGUUGUUGUUUUAAAGUUGACUUAGCACUUUUGAUAUGAUUGUGUACUGAACUGGCUGACAUAAUUGAGCGUUGAUUGGAUAUUUGAUGUGAUAGAAAACUUGACAGAUCAGAAUUCACCACUCUUGUAUAUUGAAUGUAUAUUGUCUGCACAUUUUUUUGUCAAGAAAUCCAGUCAUGUGGAUGGCUUGUUAGUUCAAUUGAUGUGGCCAUAAUACAUCAAUUUAUUUAGUUAACAAUAAUGCUUGUAUGUAGAGCUUCUAAUUCCAUUUUUUUUUUUAAAUUGUUUCCUCAUUCAAGAUAACAUGAUUUUUUUUAAAUAAUGAAAUCACAAUUUUUAAAGUAAUUAGAUAAAGUAAUUUUUAAACAAAUAUUAAAAACUGUUUCUAGCAGGCAUGUGCAACCUUCUGAAUAAGCCUUACUAAAUUUGUUUCAUAUUUUAUAUUUAAAAUAUCUUUUUUUAUGAACACAAUGAUUGCAUAUUGUAGAUGAAAAAGUCCUACUGUUGUGGUAUUAAAUAUAUUAUAUAGCAAUAUUUUAGAAAUCCAGCUCUACACCUGGUUCAGCUAUUUAACAUCCAUGUUUAUAAAUAUAGGCCCCCCCCUAUAUUAUUAUAUAUAUAUAUAUAUAUAUAUUGACAAUUCAAUACGAAGCUAGUCAGUAUCAUGUAUUGUUUUUAUGUCAUAUUGUACAAGUAGAUGAUAGACUGGUCAAAGGUUGCUCAUGCCUGAUUAACAAAAGGCUCAAGAAUGUACUGGUAUAUUGUCUUUCACCUCUAAAAUGGUCAGUUCAAUGUUAAAAGUUGCUUAUCUUUAACUAUAGCCAGUGCUUCAUUUUAUUUCCAUCUUAGCUUAUUAACUAAAAGUUUUUCAACCGGGUUGUGUAAACAGCAGUUUGAAAUUUUUGUUGUUAACAUAACCUUUAGGGCAGCAUUGGUCAUUCUGGAGGUAUGAAAAAUAUUUUUUAUAAAUUUACAUUGAUUUGUAGAGCAGUUAACUGUGUGGUUAAAACAUUGAGCUAUCCUGGGGGUUAGCAUGGUUUAGGUCUUACACGAAUUGUGUGGUCAGUGUUGUAGCUACACCAUUGAGUGGUCAGUGUUGUAGCCACACCAUUGAGUGGUCAGUGUUGUAGCCACACCAUUGACUGUUCAGUGCUAGAGCUGCACCAUUGACUGGUCAGUGCUGUAGCUACACCAUUGACUGGUCAGUGUUGUAGCUACACCAUUGAGUGGUCAGUGCUAGAGCUACACCAUUGACUGGUCAGUGCUGUAGCUACACCAUUGACUGGUCAGUGUUGUAGCUACACCAUUGACUGGUCAGUGCCAUACAAACGCAGUAAACUUUUGAGAGCUGUAGUUAAAUAAGAAUUCGACAGUAACUCGUCACUGCUCAAGCCUCUAGUGACGUUUUACAUUAGCUUCUGAUCAAAAUCAGACUGGUCACAUUAGCAUAGAGUCAAACUGGUCAGGGGGGUGACAGACAUUUUCACAGAUCUCUUUCAUCCAUAUGUUGAUUAGAACGGAUCAGUAAAACAAUGGAUUGACUGAUUCAUACGAUUUUAUCUCCAUGUCUGCCCAUGAACGAAAGAUGUGAAUAUUUUAUAUUGGUUUCACACGCUGUAUAUUGAAAUCAAAUUAUUUACAUGUCAUUAGCAAGGCUAGACGCCUUGCAUUCAUUCUUUCCCCAUCUGUCCAUAAUAAAAUGUUUAUCAGAUUCAG